AUGGCCUCGGACAACUCGACAGCACCGACGGCAUAUGAGAUGGUGGAGCGAUACGACUUCCCACGGGGCAUCCUCCCCGAAGGCGUGACGGGGUACGUCCUCCGCCCCAAUGGCUCCUUCGAGGUGUACCUCCCUGGGGACUGCGACCUCAGCGCCGCCAAUAUGCAAGUCCACUACAGCAGCUGCAUCGCCGGGAACGUCCAGAACCGGUCGAUCCAUGGCUUGGAGGGCGUGAAGGUGAAGAUGCUGUUCGCGUGGAUCGGCAUUGAUCAGGUGGACCGCACCGAGGAGCGGAUCCAAUUCCAUGCCGGCAUGGUGUCGAAGUUGUUCCCGGUCGACAGUUUUGCCAAUAGCCCCCAGUGCAACUGA